GGUUGUAACUUAUCUAAUUAUUCUCAUUGAUGAUGGUUCUGAGGGAGCCUAGGCUCCAGAAUCCAAUAAAAUUAUUAUCUAUCUAUCUAUCUAUCUAAGCGAAUAAUAAACAUACUUUUUUAUCAUUUUUAAAAUUUAUUUAUCACAACAUUCCAUUCAAUUACUUAGAAAUACAUUUGCAGAGAUCAGAUUAUCAAUACUGUUAAGUUAAUGAAAAAAAACAAUUACAAGUAUUCACGCAACCGAGUACAAACAUUACACAGCCCUUUCAGUCAUCAUUAUCUAUCCGUUACCAGCAAACGAACGUUUCUCAGCCAACAGAGCACGUUAUCUAAUAAAAAAAAUGUAUUUCAACCAACACGACUCAGCGUGUCACCGAAAUCUGGCUUAUGCUGAAUACGUUAUUUUGAAGAUGUUGGGUUUGUCACCCUGGAGCCUAAAUACUGUUCCAGCAAACAAUCCAAAAAAUAGAAGAGUCUCUAAUAGUUACAAGUUUUCAUGCCUCGGAUCGUUCUACAACAUUUUGUUAAUAACGACGGCAGUUCUAAUUCUUGUGUAUGUUUUGAAGACCAACAACUAUUCAACUGAAGAUUCAUCAGAAAUAAUCUUUUCCUUUGUAAUGUUACAAUUUCUGAUAUAUUUUAAUUUUAACUUGUUAAUUUUCUUUAUCGUAAUAUUAACUAUUGGACAAAAGAAGAUAAUAGUAAUUUUGAAUCAGUUAAAGUAUGUCGACGAAAGACUGCAAAAGUGCGCGUUUUUCAAAAUUGACAACUCAAACACGAUUCAUGUAAUUUUCAUAACGAAUCUCGUGAUUUCCUUAAGUUUUAUUAUAGUUCUUUGUUUUUAUCAUGAAAUAUAUAUGAUACCGAUUGUCUUCUCUCCGGCUCUUAUUUAUAAUUGUAUAAUUUUUCAAUACUCGAUGCUGCUGGACACGAUCAACAAGCGCUUCAAAAGUAUUAAUUCGACUCUAGCUAAGCUAGGUGACAUCAAAAGCUAUGAAGAUUCAACCAACACAUUGUCCGUCACUAAAAUGUCACUUCUGCGUGGGUCUUUGCUUUACGACAUAGUUAACUUAAAACUUGCUUACAUAAAACUAUGCGAAAUUUCCCAAAAAGUUUCUGAUUUUUUUGGACUGAAAAUUUUGCACGUCACUGUUUACAUAGGCCAAACAAGUACAAUUAUUAUUUAUUCUACUAUUUUGCAUUACUUAAAAACGUAUCAUAUUGAUUUCUUAAUGAUGAUCGAUUUAUCUAUUGUGGUUUGGAUGAAUAUUGCCAUCUUUGUAUUGACCAAUUACGUUACUAAGACCAUUAACGAGAGCACCGAAACACCGGUUAUAAUUAAUUAUCUGAUAGAUCGCUGCACAGUGGAUGAAAAAGUUGAAAAAGAGUUGGACUAUUUUUUAUACGAAAUCUCGUCUCAAAAAGUCGAAUUUACUGCCUACGGAAUUAUUCCAUUGGACCGCUCACUAUUAGCGACUAUGAUUGGUACAUGUGCAACUUAUCUAAUUAUUUGCAUCCAAUUCCGAUCAAAGUAAAAUACAAAUAAGUAAAACUUUUCCAUUUUUUGCCG